AUGUGGUUCAAUCGCCAUUGGGAACUGGCAGCUGGACACAAAAUUGCCGAUGGGGCAGGAACGAUUACAAGCACGGACAGCUGCAACGACAUGUUCAAAUGUCCACAACCAGUAAAGGAUUUCAACAAGGAGUACAUACCACGAAUGAAUAGACUGACUCAUGGGUUCAAAGCAGUCUAUAUAUCCAUAAAGGAAACUCCUCACGAGUUUGCUGAAAGCUCCUCGAUAGCCCAUGACGGCUUCUCCGUACUUGGGCUCAUUAGUCGCUCUUCUUUCGCGUUAGUGUGCACACCCGAUCCGCCAGCGAUCAGCGUGAACAUGUACUCCUGUUCAGACACGGAAAUUCAAAAGCGCCGAGCAUGCGUCGGUAGAGAAAACAACGGACUAUACAGCGAUUUCUGCAGGGCUGUGCAUACAAGAGACUCACUGCUUCAAUCGGCGGAGCUCAUUGCAAAGUUAAGGGAACCUUCUGCAACCUACCACUUUCCUUUGGAAUUCGAUCAAAGAACGACAACAAAGGAAGACAAAUAUUUCGCUUAUUUUAUAUGCGCCGGGGCCAGGAUCCAUCAAAUCGCACUCAGCCCAAGUGAGAUAUUAGCAUUGUCUGAUAAGGAGUCGGAGCAUUUUCACGAAGAAAUCUCGACCAUUCUUGAGAUCAAUCAUCGAGCACAAACCAAUGAGAACCACAAAAUGGAACAGAAGACCAACUAUGCGUGUUCGGACACAGAAAGCCUGCAUUUAGAACAACAGAAUCAAUGGUCUACCAGAGCAGUCUAA